CCACCCCACACGGGAAUGCCCUUCAACAAGACCCGUGGCUGGCUGCAGCUACAGGUGCCAUGGCCACCGUGCCACCACCUGGGAAAGCCACCAGAGAGGGAGGCUCGCUUCCGAAAGAUGGAAAACAGGACCUGGGUGCAGGUGAUGUGCAAGGCAGUGAAGGAUGAGGAUGACUCAGUGACCUGUCCCCUGGGGGUGGGUGGCACCUUUGAGGUCCAGCUCCGGCACAAGCCUCCCCACUGGAGCAGCUAUUGGAGUGACUGGAGCAGCUCCAUCUUCGUUCCUGAGGAAAUCCUGGAAAGCCCAGAGCUGAGCUUCCAGCUGGGCAAACUGGGACGAGAUGGGCAGCGGGUGCUGAGGCUGAGCUGGCAGCGAGUCCCCGAGGACAGAGGGGACGUCACUUACACCCUGCAGGCCCGCAUGCCGGCGUGUGGCUGUGCCCAGGGGGACGAGGAGGACACCGUGGUGUUAGGGACAGAGCACAACCUCACCCUCUCUGGUGCCGAGUACCAAAUCCUCCUGACAGCAGCCAACGAUGCCGGGCCGGGACCAGCACGGCACCUCCUGGUUCCGGCAGAGCAGCGGACAGGUACCGGCCCCACCGCUAGCCCUCGGGGAGUUAUUUUUCCAGCUAUCCCUCACCCCCCGCCCCAUUUCAUCCCAGACCUCAGCUUCAAGGACAUUGGCGUGACUGGGGACACCGUGACAGCGCGGUGGGAAGCACCAAACCCGGGAUCUGCCUCCUGCUUUGAGCAGCAACCGCUGCCGGGAGCCCCCAGAGGGGGAGUUUGCACCCAAGAAGAUUUCCCUGCCAACAGCAUCCAUGUGGAGCAAGGAACACUGGAAGCCCCGGGGUGUCACCGCCUCGCCGUGCACAGCCGGGAAGCAGCUCGGGGCUGGGCCACCGUCGCCGUGACCCACCACUACGCCAGCAACGCCUCUCUGGCCAUCCCCAUCCGUGCCAACGCCAGCGCCAAGAACGCCACCGUUGUCCUUCACUGGAGCCCGUCCCCCCGUGCUGCCUGUCCUGGGGUGUUGGCCAAGUAUCUCAUCUGCCAUGCAGCUGAGGGGGACAAUGUGACAUAUGAUGAAGCAGAGGCCACGGCAUCGCACUACACGCUCCAAAACCUACGGCCUGGCACAGCCUACAGGGUGGGCAUUUGGGAGGUGACAACAGAGAGGGAGGGGACCUGCCAUGCCUGGUGGCACUUCCAGACCAAGGCACUGGGUCCCCAGGGAGCACCAUGGAAAUCCCACCUCAAGUACCUGAGCAUCAUUCUUGCUCUCCCCACUGCAGCUGCCAUCUACCACCUGAGCAAGAGGGCUCGCCACCUCCUCUUCCCACCCCUGCCAGAGCCCGUGGGCAGCAAAGCCAUCCAGUUCUGUAUGGGAGAAACCAGCCAGGACCAGCCCUGCCCAGGCUUCCUGGAACCUUCGGAGAAGUUCAGCACAGCUGAGCUGCUGCUGCCAGAGCCAAACACCAGCGUGGAGACACCAAUGGAUGCCAGCACGAGGCCUGGAACACCCCAACCCAGCCUGGUGACUGGGGAACCAGCAGUGGUGACAUGUCUGGAGGUGACACGUCCCGUGGUGACAUGUCCAGAGGAGCUGCCAUUUGCCUACUGCAGGCAAGAGGUUCUGAGCCCAGUGAGAUUUCCAGAGCCCAGCAGCACCAGUGACUCUGGCCAUCCACCUGAUGAUGAUGAGGAGGAGGAGGAGGAAGGAGAGGAGGGAAGGAGAGGGCUGCACAAGCCUCUGGUCCCCAUCACCCUGCUCAUCUCUGACAAACCCAUCACCAUCAGGGAUGAGGAGGAAUGGGACCCAUUGCCAGGAUGGAAUGCAGGAUGA